AUGAGCUCUCUGGAAGGAUACAAUAUAGCCAUCACCGGCGGUGGAUCUGGAAUCGGCCUAGCCACCACAGUCGAGCUCUGCAGUCGAGGGGCGACGGUUUGGAUCGCCGAGUUAACCAAGGACGUUCCAGCGAAGCUCGAAUCUCUGGUUCAAUCAGGAAAAGUACUGUUUUACGGAGGCAUCGACGUGGGCAACCGGGAAGCCUGUGUCAAGUUCUUGGACGAGGUGUUGCAGAAAGCAGGACGUCUUGACAGCUUGGUAAACAAUGCCGGAAUUGGACCCGCCGAAGGGCCUAUUGCAAGCGACGAGACUUUCGACAAGAUCGUGGAUGUGAAUCUGCGUGGCACGUGGAAUUACGGUACGCAGGCGCUGCGAGUCAUGGAGAAACAGGAACCGAAGGGCGAAUGGGGAACCCGGGGGACCAUCGUCAAUGUCGCCAGCAUGUCUGGACUUCUUGGCUGGAACAACCUGGCUGUGUACACGGCAACAAAGCAUGCUUCUGUCGGCCUGGUCAAAGCAUGGAGCAAAGAUUUUGGCCCUCUGGGCAUAAGGAUCAAUGCCGUGGCACCUUCGGUGACCGAGACAGAAGGCGUCAAAAUAUGGGUUGCUCAAAGGAAAAAGGACUUCAACGAAGACGUGAAACCUCCUCCAGUCGGUCGAUUCGCACAGCCUUCAGAAAUCGCCAAGGUGAUUGCGUUCCUCCUCGGCGAGGACUCUAGUUACGUAAAUGGACAGACAAUUCCGAUCAACGGAGGCUCUAUAUGA